AUGCCCGAAUUGCACUCGGCAGCCCUACCCCAGCAUCUUCCCUUUAAAAUCUCAGGAUCAACGGCCGUAGAGGUCCUUGAGAAAAGUGCACCGUCUCGCCGUCAAAGUAUCGGUAAAGAUCAAGCGCGGAAGCAUCGGCCUAAAGCAUGGAUCUGCAACCCAGCAUCACCGAGUCUGACUGUAUUCGCAUCGAUGCAGAUCUCCUCAUACCGGGCCGUGCUCCCCCGGCUGAAAGAUGCAACCUGGAUUCUUCGAUCCGGAACAAUCGUUCACGUUGGCCUUCGAUCAUCUCCCCCAGAUGAGUAUACAUCUCUCCCAGCAAUCCAGGUCCCCACCCUCCUCCCUGGCCGUCCCAACUUGAUUGCUGUGAAGAGGAAUCCAAUGGAGGAUAUUGGGGCUUUGGCGAAAGCGGAGGAUGUGAAUCCCCUAUGGCGGGCGGGGAAGUUGUAUAAAUCUCUAGAGAUGGAAUGUGGAUGUUUGGUGGUUAAUUGA